AUGCCGAAUGGGGCCAACUCUGUGCGGCUCCUCCCAACCGCUUCACCCCCAGUCAUCCCGAGCUCGAUGCUGCGCAGUUUCUUUGAGCGUGUUGCCAGGAGGGAGGGGGGAGGGAGCAUUUGCCAUGAUAGCUGCUGGUACCAUUACGGCUGCGAUAUCUUCGAGGCGUUGCGCGGGCGUAUCACCGUCAGUGUCAUCCGCCCCGAGCAGGCGGAUUCCGACAUCAUCAACCUCGAAGUCGGCGGGGACAUGACCGUGGAACUGCUCAAGGCCAUCGUCGAAAGCGAAACUGACAUUCCUCCCGAGGCCCAGCAGCUGGUCUUCAACAAUCAACUCCUCCAGAACCCAGCACAAUCCCUAGACCAAGUGGGCAUCGGAGAAGGCGAUAUGCUCGGUGUCCACGUCACCUUGCGGACCGGCGCUCCGCCCCCCGCUACAUCCGCACCUUCGGCCGGCCCCAGUGCGGCACCGCGUCCGAACGUCCAAGCUCGACCUGGGAUGCCGGACCCUGAGACCAUUCGGCUACAUAUUCUCGGCGACCCACGCGUGCGGGAAGCCGUACGGAGACAGAACCCAGAGCUGGCUGCGGCGGCCGAUAAUGCACAGCAAUUUCGCAACGUACUCCUCUCCCAGCAACAACGGGAGGCGCGGCAGGAGGCAGAGAAAGAGGCCCGGAUUGCUAUGCUGAACGCGGACCCGUUCAACCCAGAAAAUCAGCGCGAGAUUGAAGAGAUUAUUCGCCAGAAUGCGGUCACAGAGAACCUCCAUAAUGCGAUGGAGCAUCAUCCUGAAUCCUUCGGUCGCGUUACAAUGCUCUACAUCCCCGUCGAGGUCAACGGUCACCGCCUCAACGCCUUUGUCGAUUCCGGUGCUCAGGUGACGAUCAUGUCGCCCGAGUGUGCCGUGGCCUGUAACAUCAUGCGUCUGGUCGACCGUCGCUAUGGGGGUAUUGCUAAGGGUGUAGGAACCGCUCCUAUCCUGGGACGGGUUCAUUCGGCGCAGAUCAAGAUCGGGGAAAUGUUCCUCCCCUGCUCAUUCACCGUGAUGGAGGGGAAGCAGAUUGACCUCUUGCUAGGGCUAGACAUGUUGCGGCGACACCAGGCGUGUAUUGACCUGAAGCAGGGUGCCCUGGUCAUCCAGGACCAAGCGGUACCCUUUCUCGGAGAGGCUGAUAUUCCCAAGCAUCUAACUGAGGAGUUUGAAGAUGAGCCAACCGUCAAGGGUGCGGAUGGUGCCGAGGUCGGUGCGCGGACCGGUGCAGUCACCCACCAGGCUGGCGGAACUGGAGCCGGCCAAUCCAGCGCAGCAACACAGUCGCAACAAACUGCACAGGGGGCGCCCAAGAUCAAUAUUCACCCUGUGCCGACGCCCCCCGCCUCCCGCUGGCCCGCCGCCGCAAUCGCCAAAAUCACGGAGCUGGGCUUCUCCCGCGACCAGGCCGUUCGCGCACUCGACGCGGCUAAUGGGGACCUCAACCGGGCCAUCGGGUUCUUGCUUUAA